CAGAAAUCGGAGCAUUGGAUGUUUCGAACAAUCGCUUGAUAAGUUGUUCACGCUCGUAUCACGUUGAAAAUGGCUGCUAGAUUGUUUAGGAAGGGACUCGACCAUCUUAAAAGUAAAGAAUUUAGGGAUUAUUUACUCAGCACGCAUUUCUGGGGACCAGUUGCCAACUGGGGUCUGCCUUUGGCUGCCAUGUCUGACAUGAAGAGAGACCCAGAAUUUAUAAGUGGAAAAAUGACAACAGCACUCUGCAUUUACUCCAUGUUAUUUAUGAGGUUUGCAUGGAAGGUUCAACCACGGAAUAUGCUCUUGUUUGCUUGCCACUUUUCAAAUGAAGUCUGUCAGCUUGUUCAGCUUGGAAGAUUUACCAAAUAUAGGCUGGAAGGUGGGCCACAAAAGCACCACAGUGUUGAAGUCAUUCCUUCAAGCUAAACAAAGUCAAUCAUUUCUUAAAGUAUUUUUUCAGGGAGUUUGGUGUAUCAAUAUUUAAUUUCUUUUUAAAACAUGGUGUAAAUAUUAAUACAAUAAUAAUACCAAGUUUUUUUAGCUUUUAAUAAUUCGCUUCUGUGUCAAUUGCACAGAAUACAUUGUAGUUAUUAGGCAUGAUAUAUGUAAUCAUGAAGGGUUUCAGAUGUAAUGUGCAACCGAGUUGCAACAACUUAAAAUAAGUUUAUUUUGGUUGGUCAGGGGACAUUAAAUUAUUGUGAAAUAAUAGGUAAGGACCAUCUACUCAGUGGAGGAAAAGAAUAUGGCUCUCAGUUAUUACUUUACACCAGAUUAUCAAUGAAACUUUGGUGCUCUUUGAAAUUUAAACUAUUUUUGUUUCUUUAUUUUUAGUGGAAAAGUAUCUAUAAUUCCUAGUAGAUUUUUGUGCGAGUGUCUCUCAAAGGCCUAGGAGUUAGUCCAGGGAAGUGUUAUUGAGAUGUUGUGUUUUAUGAUAAAGAGAGGGAUACAAUGAACCAGGUUUUAGUGUGUGACUUUUAUUGUGAAUAGAUCCAUCUACAGAAUGGCAGGUAACUUGUAUGUGAGUAAAAUAAGGAAAUUUACACCAUCCAAAUGAACAAUAUCUAUUUGGUAUUGACAAAAUCUCAAUUUGCAAGGAAGUGUUUUGCAUCAAUAAAAUGCAGCAUUUUUCAUGAAAUACUUUUCUGAUUGAUGGCCAUUUUGGAGAGGGAUCUGUGGGAAUUUGUGCUACACUAUGCAAAGCAAUGACCUGAUUCAUUCAGGCUCUCAUCAGUGAUACCUUUGGUGGAGAGUUUUGGUACACAGAAUGUUGUGUUGCUGAGUGAUAUAAUAAAAUUACAGUUCUUUUCAUGUGCAAGCAUGAAAUUAAUACA